GUGGAAUAGUAAGAGGCACUGCAAUUUCAGUACGGGCUGGGAGCCUCCGCUGGUUGUAUCGUGGCUUGUUUGCGGGCAGAAUCGAGGCAGUGUUUUGCGCGACGCGGAAUACUGGUCAAUUUGAACACGGCGACGCAUCGCAAUAUACCUGUUCUUGCAUCUAUAGAUACAAAGGUGUAGGAAGGUAUACAAAGAUAAUCUUGACCCGCUAGCCGAGUAAAAGUCGUCUUUGGUGCGAUAAUCGCGGGUGCUGUUGGUUGAAUACGAGCCAAUUGCAGUGGAUUCGAGUGGCGCUUAUGAGUUGUGUUUGAAUUGUGCUUGAGUGGAUAAAGAUGGGUUUAUCUGAUUUGCGUCUGUGAAUGUUUGGCAAAUUUCGGUGUUGAAUGAUUUCGUAUUGAAAUAAUGAAUAAAGUUAAGGCGAUGACAAAGAAGCCGGGGCCGCCCGUGCCCCCUCGACCUCCGGCAUCUAGUAUUUCCGCUAGAUCGCGUAGUGAAUCACGCGCGACUCCGCCGCCACCGGUGGCCCUCCGCGCUUCUAGAACAUCUCCAACGACAACGGCUCCGACCGCGGGAUCCCCUACGGAGGCCGGGAGAACCGUUAUUUACAAGUCACCUUCAUUCGAUCUUAAGAAACGGCAAAGCAGCGAUCGAAGCUACGUUCUCCACGACGAAGACGGUGAUCGGAAGAUCAGCAUAAAAGCGAGCGAUCGGCAGCAAGAGCAGCAACAGAUCUUCAUUAUCAACGAAUGCAAUAACAAUAACUCAAGUGGUUCAAAGAACAGUAACGUUGUAACGAUAGAUAACCGAUCAAAUCGCACAGAGAUUGUUAUUACAAAUAAUAACGAUGGUAAAUCUGAAGAAAAUGGGGGAGACGGUAAUUCAAACUGCAGUGAAUCCACGAGAGAUAACAGUAACGCAGACGUCCCCCGUGGAAUUCCAAUUACUCGAAUGUCCUCGAAUGUACUAACCACUGACUUCCCCGUUGCUAAGAUUUCGCCAACCCCCAAGCCUAGAACCCUAACCCUGCCGAAGCAAUCGCGAUCCCUCGAUGCGGGAGAAGUUACCAAGAUGCCUAAGGAUACCGUCACGGUGAACAAUACGAAAAACAAUGCAAACGCGGCUUUCGUGAAAAACAUCGAAGUAGAAAAUAACCUGAAGAAUGCUGCCGAACGUCUUUUUACUGAAAUAAUAGUGAAUCAAACCCAAUCUACGAAUAGCAAGACGGAACAAUAUAUUUCUGUGGGAAGUCGGUACCUUCCGCCUAAGGCGCUUUCUAGGAGUAUCGACUCAAGUCACUUCUUUGAUCAGAAGCCGCCUUCCCCUAUACGAACCUGCGUAAAUCUGAAGCAACGUCCUGAGCCAGAGGGCGGAGAGACUAACUCCAAUUCGUCAUUAUCUAACGAACGUCUUCCAACUGAUCCCAUUAAACCAAAUUAUUCACCAGAGAAGAAGGUUGCGUUCCAUGAGAUUCUUAUCUCAGAAUUAGCAGCGAUGCGAAAGAGGAAUUCAGAACAGGAUUCCGACAAUCAUGAAUCGACUGAUGCGGGGGAGAGGCGAUGUGAUAAGGUGGGCAAAGAAAAGGGUGAUUGGGAUGGUAAAUCGCAGCGGAAACGAUAUCCUUCGGGCUGUUCAACGGACUCCUCGCCAUAUGGUACCCAACGUUCGGCACGGAUACGAACCUCGGAUUGGGUGGAAGUCGGCGACAAUGGGAAGGAAGUUACGCUGACCAGUUGUCAUAUUAGCUUAGAGGAUUCUGGAAUGGAGGACGAAGAACGACUGGAUGAUACGUCAUCAGGUGUAGGAGACUCAUGGGAUAGUGUAAAGGAUGCAGAAGAAAGAAUGUCUUUGCCGGAUCUGCCGCCUCUCCCGAAAAGUCUAAGUGGCCUCGAGGUAACAGGUGUUCCAGUUCAUAACAGUGCAGCCGCGAAUCUCGCCACUUUCGACACGAAACGGGGCAUUGCGCCUCUUACCAGGAUGACUGCCUCACAGAGUGGAAGUAAUACAACGACAAGCACCCUUGAUACACAGUUGGCUGUUCUUAGAAGGGAAAUGUUUGGCCUCAGGCAGUUGGACCUCUCGCUUCUUUCACAACUAUGGGCACUAAAUGAGUCUAUCCAAGAGUUCCGAGCAAUGCUGCAGGAGCAGGAAGCACUGUCGCCACCUUCACCAUCACCAUCCCCAUCGGAAGGGAACUCUGUGUCAUCGGGAGAAGAAGAGGACAUGUCACUGCUGGGAGGCGGAAGCAUGAGCAAGGCUCAGUUAACGGGAUCGAUGCAUAGGAUGCGCUCAGCUCCACCCCCACCGCCUCCGGCGCGGAUGACGGCGCAGAGGCCCGUGUGAUAUUGCAUUCUAUCACGAUGGCUAGCCGGGCUGAAGUCGCCGAUUUGUCAAUUCUUGCGAGCGCUGAAGAAACGCUACCACAGGUUCUUGAUCAGAUCGAGAUCAAUUCCAGUGGCGUCUUGAGUAUCAACGCCAUCCACCUUCACCAUCAUCAACCUCAACAUGAGCCAAUUUUUAGUGUCAAUUCACCAGUGGGCGGAACCAUGAAAUAAUAAUAUGUAUCUGUCGAGAAAAUUGUCUAAUAUGCGAAAUAUGUAUGACAUCAAUAGCUGUCUUUGGGUGUAAGCUUUUUAAGUUAGGAUUACGAGUAUACAUUGCUACUAUGAAUAAUAUUAAACUUGCGGUUUCGUUUGAUUCAUGUUAGACACAAAAUGUGAUUUUGUUUGUAGUUUGUAGGCAGUAUCUUUCAGCUCUGUGUCCAAGCAAAUGUGCAAAAAACUACUAUUUAACCUAAGAAAUGUGUAUAAAUACAAAUGUCUGUUAAUAUCUUCAUCGAGAAAAUGCAAAGUAAAUGUCAAAAUGUAAGCUA